AAUUGCAUUUACCCUUGUCUGUGAGAAGUAUGUGUAGUCACACCCUAUCGAAAGAUCGCGAACCAAAGUAACGCUUCGUUGAGCAGACGUUUCUUUAAGAAAUAUUUACAGAGGUUCAGAACCUUGCCGCCACCAUCACCAUACAAGGCGCAGGACCCGGUUUUGGAUUCAUUGCUUUGGAUUCGGAAUCGGUCGGAGGUGGAAAUUGACUUCAUCCAGUUUUGAGUAUUGUACAGGGGAAAAAACCUUCUUUUGAGGAUGCAUUGAAGUUAGCUCGGCCGCUCAUCUUUUUUCCGUGUUUAUUUUCCGUACUGCGUCGUGGCGUUUACAUUAGCAAUAAACACAGCUCUUGACAAUGCGGAGGGUAUCCACUCGAACCAGAGCCAAAAAGGCUGAUAGCGAUGAUGCUCCACCUGCACCUCGACCAACAAGAACUAGGCGGCGCAAGAAAUCUGAGUCUUCAUCUGAGCAAGAUUCGGAAUCUGAGGAGGAGGUCAUGCCUACACCAAAAUCGCGAAGAGCAGCUCCACCUCCAGAGGAGAGACCAGUCCCGAGCACACCUGGUGGAAGUCGCACUCGAAGAUCCUCACGCAGACUGGAACCAGCGGUUGAAGAAGUCAAACCUGUAGAGGUGAAUGUUGACACUGAUGCUGACAACAAUGCUGACCGUGAUUCAAAUGGAUCGAAUGAGACUGAAGCCGACUCAAGUACUGUUUGGAAAGUCCAAAAUUCCAAUGGAUCGGGCACUGGCAUUGCCAAACUGAAAUUAUGCCGUUCUGGACCAAUUGACCAGGUAGAAGCUCCCUCCCCUCGUAAGAGAAGAGGGGCUCGAGAUUCAGUGAUGAGCACUGUAGUAGAAGAAGCUGUUGCGCAACCAAGUCCAACACCAGAGCCCGAUUCAUCUGGUUUAACAGGCAAAGCACGAGCAGCUAGACGUGUUGAAGUGGAAUCUAAAGGAACUGAAACUUCUUCAUCAUCGUCCUCAUCAUCUUCUUCAACUACCUCCUCUUCGUCCUCAGAAAAGUCACGAGCAUCCACACCUGACAAAGCUGAAACAGAGCCUGUUGAAGAAAAUGAAGAUGAAGACUCUAAAGAUGCAGAAGAAAAAGAUGAAGAGGAGGAGGAAGAAGAUGAUGAUGAUGAUGAUGUUCAGAUCAUCAGGGAUGACAAUAAAGAAGAUUCUGCUGCUGCCUCAGAAAUAUCUGAGGAAGGUAAUUCUGUUGAUUUACCCUCAGAAAUGGCAGAUGAUGCAGGUCCAGUUUCUGUUCCCUCUAAAUCAUCUGAAGAGCCUGAUGAGGAGGCCUCCUCUCCUGAAGUUGACAAAUCAGAUGCAGAUAGUAAUGAACCACAUACUCUUGUUGAUGAUACUAGCUCCAAAGCAGCAUCUUAUAAAGUGGAAGUCCUAUCGGUCAGGCCCUUGGACAAACAUAAGGAUGGAGGAUCGGGUGCCAAACCAGGUGCUUCAAAGGACGAAACUGAAAAAGCCGUACUGUCAACAGUAGACGAGAAAACACUGUCUGCGCCGGUAAGAAAGCCUGCCCCAGCGGUUGCCGAGAAACCUGCCGCAGCGGUUGCUGAAAAACCUGAACCAGUGGUGGAGAAGAAACCUGAACCAGUGGUGGAGAAGAAACCUGAACCAGUGGUGGAGAAGAAACCUGAACCAGUGGUGGAGAAGAAACCUGAACCAGUGGUUGAGAAGAAACCCGAACCAGUGGUUGAGAAGAAACACGAACCUGUGGUUGAGAAGAAACCUGAACCAGUGGUUGAAAAGAAACCGGAUCCAGUAGUUGAGAAGAAACCGGAACCAGUGGUUGAGAAGAAACCGGAACCAGUGGUUGAGAAGAAACCAGAACCAGUGGUUGAGAAGAAACCUCAACCAGUAGUUGUGGAGGAACCCAAGCCAGUGGUUGUAGUCAAACUUGCACCUGUAACUGUGGAGAAACAUGCACUUCCGGUUGAGGAAAAACUCACACCAGCAUUGAAAGAGAAACCUGUUCCAGAAGAGGCUUUACCGAAAGAUACUGUUAAACAACAAAGUGUUUUAAAAACUGACGAUGCAGACAAAGCAACUGCGCAGACCAGAUCAAUUGCUGUGGCUAAAGAUGACAGUUUACCAGUGAAAGCUGUUAAAGAGACGAUUGUGACUGACAAAGUUGUUCUGAAAGAACCAUUAAAGGUUGCAUCAGCUACUCUGACGAAGGGAAGUGAAACUGAUGCACGGAAGUCAUCUGAAGAAAACAAGUCUUCAAGCAGUCAAAUAGCUGUUAGUAAAAUUGGAGAAAAAUCAAGUUCUAAGAGUGACCAAAAAGUUGAACCUGAGAAGCCUAAAUUAGAGGAGAAAACUGCCUCAUCAAAGGUACCAGCUCCAACAGCUCAGAUUCCUGUUGAAGAUGACCAAUCAGAUGACGAACCAGUGAUGGACCUAGCUCCUGGGUCACCAGUUGAACCAGAUCCAGAAAUGGCUGAGGAUGAAGCAGUGGAAGCAAAGCCAGUGGAGAAACCUCAUAAGAGAAGAAGUCGACGAAGAUCAAGCAGUGCUUCUUCUAGCCAAAGCUCUAGUUCAGAUUCGGAUUCUGAAAGACCAGUAAUUCGACAAAAGAAAAGGAGUUUGAGCAAAGAUAGUGAUGACCAGUCUUCAAAGAAAAUUCAGGUUAAGCGUCGGUCUACAGGCAAGGAAGAAGAUAAAAAAGUUCAUAAGGAUACAGUUAAACCUGAACCUGUGAAGGAAGAGGCACCAGCUCCACCAACAAGGCUGCGUAGGAAACCUUUGCCUUCUGUAGAACAGAAAGGGAAGGUUUCUUUGAAGAGAAAUGUAUCCAUAUCUGAGGAGAAAGAGGACAAAGAUUCAUCACCGACAUCAGAAGCUGAGGCACCUCCUGGAGAAAUAUUGGUUGGGGAAAACAAGGAGAAUUCAUCUUCUACCCCCACUCCUGAGCCAGAAACUAAACCUGUAGAGCAGCCAGUGGCUCGCAAGCGCCGAUGGGGCUCUUGUAAAAGCAUCAAAAAGUCUGUGCUAUGUAUAUCAUCAGAUCCCCUCAAGAAUCUUAUUCCAGAUGCCAAACCAGUUGCAGAAAGUGAAGUUCAUCUAGCUUUUGAGGAAGGAGAAGUUAAUGACGAAGAUGAAAGACCCUCUAAGCGAGACAGAAGUAAAGAUAAACUGUUGGUAGAUCGUCCUCUCCCACCACCUAGUGUUCCUUUACCAGAAAAUACACGAAUUGUUGUUCAUACCUCUAUGGAAGUUGAAGAAAGAAAAAUUGAGCGCAAAAUAUCUGUUGCAAGUGAGGGUUCAAUGGCCACAAGAACAAAGUCACCUACAUUAUCAAAACAUCGAACUUCAACUGUUCUUUACAUAACAAAUUUAGUGAGACCUUUCACUAUUGGUCAAUUGAGGGAACUUCUAUCACGAACUGGUAAAAUUGUUGAGGGAGGCUUCUGGAUUAAUGGCAUUAAAUCACAAUGCUAUGUUGAGUAUGAAGAUGAGGAUCAGGCUGUUGAAACAAGGCAUGCACUGCAUGAAGUUCACUGGCCAAUCUCCAACCGCAAAGCGUUACAUGUGGAAUUUGCCAAAAAGGAGGACAUGUUAAGAGCACAAGCUGAAACUGUAGGGGAACCAGUUAUUUCCAGAAAAUCUCAACAUGUUAGUGACACUCAUAGAGAAAGAAAAGAUUCUGAAGAGAGGGUCAAGAUUGUUCAAUCUGUGCGGGAAUGGGAUCUUGGAAAAGUUGCCGAUCAGUCCUCAGAGCUGAGGGAAUCUGUUCAAGAAGAUAGGAAAAAGAAAGACGAUGAUAGACGGGUUAGAAGAGAAAAGCGCUCAGUGUCCCCGUCUCAUGAGGGCCCAGCUCGCAAAGCCAAACGAAAUGAAGAACCUGCCCCCGCUAAGCUCCUUGAUGACUUAUUCCGGAAAACUAAGACAACCCCCUGUAUUUAUUGGUUGCCGCUCACUCCUCAACAAAUUUCAGAAAAAGAGGAGAUGCGCCGCAAGCACAUGGCUGAGCACGAGCGCCUGCGCGCGGAGAUGCGUCGAGCGCACGAGCGGAACAUGCAGCGGGGGCCCGGGGGGCCCGGAGGGCUCGGGGGACCCGGCGGCCCUGGGGGUCGCGACCGAGACCGAGACAGAGAAAGGGAGCGGGACCGCGAUCGCGAGCGUGAGCGCGACCGGGACCGCGACCGCGAGCGCGAACGGGACAGGAAGGACAGGCGACGAGGGAGCAAAGACAAAUAAUGACCACUCCAGAUUGAGUGAAGGGAAGAAAAGAAAUGGUCACUGACGACUGCAUCUGAAUUCUUCUUGGUUGAAGAUGAUUAUCAGGGCUCAACAUGUUUGAAUCAAUGGCAGGCGGCUCUCCCACCUUUAGUUUGGCUGCCCAGCUAUAAAUGGUCGGUUUUGGUUUCAUCUUUAACACAGACAAAUCUCCUUUCCCUCUGAUAGGCUCUUUUAGUGUAAUUUUUAAUUUUUCAUAUCAGUGAGGCCUUUUCCCCCCCUCAUUUCAUCUUCUCCCCCCUUCCACCAUUUGACAGGCCAAGUCUUUAAAGUGGCAAGCAAAAAUUCGGUUCUUUAGUUUGGGGUAUAAAGAAUGUUAGUUGUCCUUUUGUGCAAUUUGUUUUUAACUUUGUGUGACUUGUACUGUUUGCAAGAAUCCUCAUCGUACACAGUUCUGGCUCUUGUGUAUAUAGUUCACUUACAUUCUAGAGGCUUAUUAUCAAGUUUCAGAUGUAAAUUUAUGAAUGAGGUUUAGAAGUGAACGUAGUAUGUUUGGGUAUAGACUGCAUAGUUGAGGUUGUCUGCUCCCCUACUGUGUAUUGCAACUCUCAAGUGUUUGCAUGAACGUGUGUGUGUGUGUGUUCAUGUGCUGGUUGCACAUGGUGAAUGUCAGUGAAUGAAUGUGUGUGAAUGUGCUUUCCUCCCUCCCUUUUUGUUUCCCCUCCCUAUGUAUUUUUUUCAGGUUUCCAGUAAGUCUGUUUCAGGUUGUUAGAGAAUGAUAUCUGAUGCUUUUAUCAUCCUCUUAUGCAGCAAGGCAUUCAAGCUCAACAAAUGAAGAACGUCGUCAACAUCUAUUUGAUGCCAAUCAUCCAAGCUCCUGAAGACAACGUACCUCAACUUAAUGUUGGCUCUCUGCAUUGACUUCUAUAGCUCAACCAUCUACGAACGUCUGCUGCCGUAUGCUGCUUCUUCAGUUGCUACCAUACUCAGUGUCUACGUUACUGUGACUGUCAUUGAAUUAAUUUCAAGACAAAUAACUACUUCAUGACCUCAAACCAUGUGUGGUUGUAAUUACUGUAAUGAUCGCCUUCAUGUUCCAAUGAAAUGAACUGAGUGUUUCAUACUGUAUGGUCAAACGCCAUCAAUUGAAUUUUGUUAGCACUUGUGAUUUUCUAAAAUGAAUACCUAUACAAAGAAUGUUUUUUACUGUGCUAUGUUGUGCCUGCCCUUGUUGGCACUGAUUAUUUUUAGUGAAGAAUUAUUAAAUUGUUUUAAACUUGAA